AAUUAAUUAUCUUAUCGAAAUAUAACUCUCCCCUCUCAUCUAAAUAAAAUUGGAUGGCACUUUACAUUAGACACUUGUAACUGCAGUGCAAUUGACGUGAAAGUUAGACAGUAUGAAGGUCGCAGUACUUGUAUGUGUGAUUCUUACAUUAUUUCAGGUUUCGUGUAGGCGACUCAAUUAUGUAGCGGAAGAUUUCAUUUGCAUGAAAAAGUUGGGGAUUGAAGAAAGUUACCUUAACGACCGAGUUGGCGACAAUUUCUUGCUAACAACUGGCGAUGACCAGUUUAAUGAUUUCGUGGUGUGUUGGGUAAAGGAAAUGGGACUGGUCGAUGAAAAUAUGCAAAUAAUACCUUCCGAACUGAAAUCCUACAUAUUAAAACAUCAAUUUAAUCUCUUCAAGAAGAACGACUAUCCCAACAAAGACGAAGUGGCAGAAAGGGUCUCCAAAAGUUGUCUAAACACACAGCCAGGAAAAAAUGAUGGGGACACAAUGGUUAAUAUAUUCAAUUGCGUAAUGACGCAAAUGGGUGCUUUGUAAGUUAAUUUGUAAAUAAACAAAGUUACAGUGAUUA